AUGGCGCCACGACGUUUCCGCUCAAGACCUCAGCCCUCGCGCACCAAGCGGUACUUGGCGUCUGUAAUACUCAACACAGCACUCGUGACGGUGUUUGUGCUAUGGCUCCACUGCCCCAACGCGAUCGAGAGCACGACCUCACGUCCGAGUCAACGAGAGCAGCACAUUGAGCCGACGACGCUGCGGAGCGCCCACGUCGUCGACGAGCUCGAAACGCUGUUGCUGGCCAGCCGGAAACUCCACAGCCACAUGGACAACAGCAGCAGCAGUGACAACGUCACGGACGACCCACCAACACGUGCUGCAACUGCCUCCCGUGGCCUCUAUCAAGGCAACACUGACCCGAGCGAGCUCCACAUUGUGUUCAGCAUGAGCUGCGAUCAAGGCCGACGCGUGUCGCUGCAGACGGUCUUGCAGUACUCGGCAGUCUCAGUGGGCCAGCGCGGUCCAAUCACUCAAAUCCUCUCCGGAUGUUCCGACGCCCAGCGACAGCGAGUCAGCCGCGAGCCCACGCUGUACUACGACUUCCGGAGACACUUUACGCCGUCGUACUCGCCGCACCCGCUGCCCCACGUCUCGGACGACUAUGCGCCGUACAACAAACCGUUUGCGCUGCGCCACUUCUUGCAAAACGCACAGCCGCCAGUGACACACGACAUCAUCGCGCUCAUUGACGGCGACAUGAUCUUUUUCAAGCCACUGGAGGUUAACACGGGGCGAGACGUGACCACAUAUUACCACGGUACGCGACCAGUGUCCACAGUGAACGACACUGUCGUUGACGGCAUUGCCAUCGCCCAAGACUGGUACAACUACGUCAACGAUGGCUGGUACGCGCCAGAAGCCCGUGAAAAGCUCGCGGCUGUCUGCACUGGACAGCCUUGUAUGAAUGUCUCCCGGGAAGACGCGCGCGAGUACUACUCGAGUACCGGACCACCGUACAUCAUGACACACCACGACAUGACGAUCAUGGUCGACGACUACUGCAGUUUCGUGGUGCGCGGGCGCCAGGCGGAUGACGGCUGGAUGGUCGAGAUGGUCGCGUACGCGUUGGCAGUAGCAAACCACGGGAUCAAGCACACGCUGUUGACAAAUCUGGGUGUCACGCACCCUAGACUCGCGCUGAACCAGCGUGAGUACUGGAGCUUUGUCGACGAGACGCUUGCCAACCCGUGCGAUGACACCAUUGCAGUUGUCGUGCCGCGUGAUCCACCGGUCGGCAUCCAUUACUGCCAGAUAUACGGCUUUGUCGAAGGAGACCACAAGGGCCACUACUACUACAAGUACGAUCUGCCAGAGACACUCAUGAACUGCGACAGCCCUUUGCUGAUGAUGCCUCCAGCGUCAGACUGGGAUACACUGGAGCAAACAACGACACACGAGUUACUCUUGCAGAAGCGACACGAGGUCUGGAUGGCGUGUUCUACCUCCAAGAUAGUCAACCAAGCCGUGAUCAAGUACAAGCAGCGCACCUGUCCUGACGGCUUUAACACAGAGAAAAGCAUUGAGAUGGUCAAACCAUAG